AUCGCCAGUUCACUACCUGGCGCCACCAGGUGAAGGAGGGGUGUCACUGUCUGCUGCAAGCAAGUCGGGUUGCACUCUUGCAUAACGGGUUGCCUUCAUAUUUCACCUGCGUUCAGUGCACAACUUCAGGCUGAAAUGCUGUUUAGCCGAAUUAUGAAAAGGUGUUAAAUAAGCAGUGGCGGCGUGUGUUGGUGCGUUAACGUCUCUCCUCGGCCCCUGCAAGCACCAGUGCAAUUGUGUUUGUACCAACCCCAUCUUGCACUUGUGUGUCUCGCCAGCCACUUCCUUGAGACGCAGAUGAUCAGCUCUCACCAGUAGGACCGUCACACAUACUCCGAGGAACUUAACUUACCGCUAAGAAACUCACUUCAGCAGCUCAACUUUGUCACUGCUCGCACGAUGACGGUGAGUGUCACAGAACUCGCUGAUCGCUUCACAUGGAUCGACUACAUGGUGUUCGGUCUCAUGUUGGCUCUAUCGGCUGCCAUCGGUAUUUUCUACGGAUGUUUCAGCAAGAAACAGGACACCAAGGAGUUCCUCAUGGCUGGCAAGUCCAUGACCACCUUUCCCGUGGCCAUGUCUCUCAUUGCCAGUUUCAUGUCAGCCAUCACGCUGCUGGGGACGCCGUCGGAGGUCUACCAGUUUGGGUUCAUCUACUGGCUUAUCGGCUUCUCCUACAUCGCGGUCAUGCCUGCAGCUGCCUACCUCUACUUUCCAGUCUUCUACAAGCUCCAGGUUACCUCCGCCUACGAGUACCUUGAGAAGCGGUUCCACAGAGCAGUCCGGUGGCUGGGCUCCUUCGUGUUUAUCAUCCAGAUGUCGCUGUACAUGGCCAUCGUGGUGUACGCUCCAGCACUCGCACUGGCUCAGGUCACCGGCUUCGACGUCUACGUCUCCGUCAGCCUCAUCUGCUUCGUCUGCAUCUUCUACACCACUCUUGGCGGCAUGAAGGCUGUCCUCUGGACCGACGCUCUCCAGACACUCAUCAUGUACGCCAGUAUGAUGUUCGUCAUCAUCAAGGGCGCUGUUGACGUCGGAGGAUUCAGUGCCGUCUGGGAGAGGAAUGUUGAGAGCGGCCGAGCACAGCUAAUCGACUUCGACCCGGAUCCCACCACCAGACACACCUUUUGGACGCUAGUUAUUGGAGGAUAUUUCACCUGGAUCACCAUAUACGGCGUCAACCAGGCGCAGGUUCAGCGAUACCUUAGCGUCCAGACAAGACAAAUGGCCGUCAACGCCUUGUGGGUCAACUUGGUGGGACUUUUUGUGUUAAUGAUCACCUGUUCCUUCGGCGGGAUGGUUGUGUACGCCAAGUACUAUGACUGUGACCCCAUCCGGGCUGGAGUUGUCACCAAGGGAGACCAGCUCUUCCCGCUCUUCGUCAUGGACACCCUUGGACAGUGGAAGGGACUUCCAGGACUCUUCGUUGCCGGCAUAUUCGCCGGCGCUCUCAGCACCGUUUCUUCCGGGUUGAACUCUCUGGCGGCCAUCGUUCUGGAGGACUUCAUCAAGAGCGGGUGUUAUCCAGGCAUCUCCGACACCGCCAGCACCUGGGUCUCCAGGGGCCUCUGCGUAUUCUUCGGUCUCAUCACUUUUGCUCUCGUCUUUGUAGCAGAGCAACUCGGCAAUAUUUUGUCUGCCGCGUUGAGCAUAUUCGGCAUGGUUGGAGGGCCUCUGCUGGGAGUCUUCACCCUCGGCAUGUUCUUCCCUUGGGCCAACGCUAUCGGAGCUUUCGUUGGUGAAAUCGUCAGUUUGAUCUUCAUGUUCUGGAUCGGGGUGGGCCAUCAGGUGGCCAGAUCCUCGGGCCAGAUCAAGCUGGUGGCCAUGCCCACUAGCAUAGACGGCUGUCAGAACCUCACCAUCACUGAGCCCCCCUUCAUAUAUGUACCUGAGGGCGAGGAGCCAGGUGAGGCGCUGGCCUUGUACCGCCUGUCUUACAUGUGGUACUCUGCGACGGGCUGCUUCACUGUGAUCAUCGUGGGCAUGCUGGUGACGCUGGUGACUGGUAAGCAAGAUGUGCGGGCUGUUGACCCUCGCUGUCUCUCCCCCGCCGUCAUGUGGUUCAAGAACUGGCUGCCAGGACUCAAUGGUCUCGGAGAAGACUACAUUGACGAAGAAGAUGAACUGAGGGAGAGUAAAAGCAGCAGUUCCUUUGGCAACACCAACCCAAGUUUCACCCCAGAAAUGAUGGAGAAAACAUACGGGGACUACACACCUGAGAAGGAGAGCUCGAAGCUGUAAAAUAUUAAUUUUAAAAUGCAGUUUCUGCACUCGGCUACCUAACUUGCGAGCUCCGAGAUCACAAGCCUAAUGCACUAUGAGAGACAACUGAGAAUUCUUCUCCAUGAGAGUAAUAAGAUAAGCAAUCAGCUUUCGCAUUCUGCACCAGGCUUCCGGCCCCGCCAACACCACGAGAGGCAGGCUCCAGCUACACAAUGUUGCCCCUGUUCAGUUAUUGUGGGUUAUGUAGAGCUCCUGAAGUGCAACUUUGCUUGUGGAAUGCAAUGUGAAUUAUUGUUUUGAUGACAGGAAUUUGUAUUGGGCAUUGCUGGCUGGGAUAUAUCACGGAAAUUAUGGUCAUUAUUGUAUGAUAUUAUGACACUAAUUGUGAUGACUUUGCAUCGAUAACUUAAAAAGCCCACUGACAGCUGCACUAUAAUAUGACACACACACCACUCUACUUUAUAUAGUACUAGCAACACCUUAAACUUAAAAUAAGUACACCAUGUUGUGUCAUUAAGUACAGGGAAGGGGGACAAAGGUAAAAUGUAGUGACUAAUAACGUUACCAUGAACCCAGUUAACUUAAUUGAAAGUAACUGAUGCACCUGUUUUGGGAAGCGACUGAUACACCUAUCUGGAGAAGUGACUGAUAUAUUUUCCAACCGCAUGAUCAUACACAGUUAUUAGUCUUUGUUCACAAGCUGCUCAGUAAUACAUAAGUUGAUUAGCUGUUUACAUACUCACAUUUUAUAGACACACACACUAUAUAUAUAUAUAUAUAUAUAUAUAUAUAUAUA